AUGUCUACUGUAGCAGUCGUGAACGGUCAGCCACGUGAUCCGUCCUCGGCUACAGUAAAGGAAAAUAGUCAGACUCCUGGGCCACCACUUCCGGUUCCACCGUUAAGCCAAACAGGACCGUCAGUAAGUCAAGCACAAUCAUCUCAAUCUCAAAUUGGCAAUCUUUCCGCUCCACAGCAAAAUCCUGUCCCUCAGCGAGAUAACAGGAGAAGCGAGAUCUAUAGAUAUUCUGGCCCAAGACCUCUGUUUGCUGCUGCAUGGGCUAAUAAGAACGACAGAAGAUUUCGACUGGCUGUUGGGAGUAUUGUGGAGCGUGAACAAGGCAACAAUGUGACGUUAAUUGAAUUGGACGAAACUCUCGGCUCACUUGUGGAAAAAGGAAGUUUUAUUCACGAAUUCCCGGCAAAUCAGAUAGGUUUCAUACCCGAUCUUGAAAACAAGUAUCCAGAUUUGUUAGCUACAAGCGCUGAUUUCCUGCGAUUGUGGCGAAUCCAUCCGAAUAAUCUAGUCACUGAAGAAGCUGUUUUAAGUAGCAACAAGUCUUCUCAAUUCACCGCCCCUCUCACAAAUUUUGACUGGAACGAAGUAGACCCACGAUUGAUUGGAACGUCAAGUAUAGAUACCACUUGCACAAUUUAUGAUGUUGAGGCUCAACAGGCCGUUGGUCUAAUAAGACCAAUCACAUUUAGCGUUAAAACUCAGCUCAUUGCUCACGACAAGCCUGUUCACGACAUUGCUUUCAGUCGCAUUUUUAACGGAAAGGAUAAUUUCGCCACUGUAGGUGCUGACGGUAGUGCACGGAUGUUCGAUUUGCGACAUUUGGAGCACUCAACAAUCGUUUACGAGGAUCCCUUGAAGCUACCACUUAUGCGGGUUGCAUGGAACAAACAAGAGCACUACCAUCUUGCCACUUUCGCUCAAGAUUCAACUGAGGUUAUUAUCAUUGACAUUCGAAUGCCGUGCAGUCCACUUGCCCGACUAAAAAAUCAUAACGGUGCCGUGAACGGACUGGCUUGGGCUCCACACAGUGCACACCACAUUUGCACAGCAAGUGAUGACGCUCAAGCCCUCAUCUGGGAUCUACAGAAUAUGCCUCGUCCUGUUGAGGAUCCCAUUUUAGCCUAUUCAGCUGGAGGAGAGGUCAACCAAGUUCACUGGGGCCCAGCACACAAUAACUGGAUAUGUAUUUGUUUUAACAAAUCGCUCGAGAUUUUAAGAGUUUAA